AUGACAUCGGUCGCUAACGAAGACGCUGAUGGACACAUCGAGGUGCUCCAACCAUGCGGCGAGCCAGAAUAUCUCACCAGGCCAACAUUGGAGCCCUUCCACAGAAUGAUCACACGGAAGAAACCGGCCGACUCGAGGCUCGCUCAAAAAGUCAAGAGCAAGGACAAGCAGAAGCAAAAGCAGAUCCAGAUCCAGAGUGACAAUUUAGACGUCGACGAGAGGUUCGGGGCCACGGAAAAGCGCACAAAUAAGAACCGCAACAAGAACCCGGAAGUCGAGGAGGAUAAGUGGGAGGCCCCCGAAGCCAAAUGGAUGAAAGAGCAGAUCCCCCAAGGAAGAAAGGAAUACAAAGACCUCAAGGCCUUUCAAUCCGGAUGGGGCGAUGGGGGCAAACGAUCUAAGCUGUUUAUGAAGCUGCUCGCUGAGGAGCUGGCCAAGGACAAAAAGAACGCCAAAGGAAAAGCGGCGACUUCGAAAGGAGGCAAGAACGGCAAAAAGGUGAAGAAGACCUACCCGCGAGCUCAUGUUAUCAACAGACUCCCGAAGGAUGGGAAGUUCGAGCCUGGGGAGGCUGAUGAGUCGGAGGGUGAUGAUCGAUUUAAUGCUUCCGAGGACAUAUCGGAGGACGAGGAGGACGAGGACGAGGACGAGGACGAUGCUCCUAGAAGAAGAAAAGGCUCCAAGAAUCCGGUCAAGAAUCAGGGCAAGAAGCCCACUGCCACUAAACACAAAGGCAGGGGUAGAAGGUAG